UCUCGCGAGCUUCGAGGCGACGUUACGUGUUGUUCGCCGGCGUAAAAGCCGAGGCUCGCCAGGGUGUCCGCGUCCGCUCGCGAGUGUGUCAGUGUCACGGGUGUUAUCCUCGCGUACGCUGCGGGUGUUCGUCGUGCGCGCAGCGUCCGGACCGCGGCUGGCCUUGGACGGAGAAGGGUGGUUCGCCGGAAAUUUCCAACGGCGGCAGCGUGCGACGCCGGAUCCGCGAGUCUCCGACGACGAGAGAGAAUGACGUUUGACUGGCCGCUCGCUGGAGGAAACGUUGCUCCGGCAGCGAGCAGCUAGAUCGAACGGGAGCAGGAAGGAUCACUGGUCGGACAGUGAACACCUUGGCCAGCGCAACGUGACACACGCGUUCCCCCGGACUCGGUGAUUGUGUUGUCAACAGUGUCGUAGAGUGGCCGCGAUUUUCGUGCGAUUCCGUUCGCGAGGAAUCGUCCCAUCUGCGGUUCCACCUCGUGCGUCCCCUGAACGAAGCGCUCGCGAAACCUGGACCAGAAACGAGCACGGGCAAGGCGGCGAGGAUUCGGGGAUCGGUACCGGUCUCGAGUUCCGUUCGCUGCUCGCAGUGCGGAUCUCACCUGCCGGUCGCGUGGUGCGUGUCGCACCGGUUCGCCUUGUGAUUGUGUGUGUAUGUGUGGAGUACAGUGCACCGACGGACCACUCGCCGCCUCGGUCACGGACUCUGACGGACCCAACAGCGUUACCUAGGACUCCUUGAACACCUUCGAAUAUCCUCCACUGCUCGACAUCUCGAUUCGUUGGGAAGAACGCUCGCACGUUGACCGAAAGUCGCGAACUGACUGUCCGCGUAGAUGAGAUCGUGCGUCGCGCGGGUGUCUUCGCCUGGUGAAACUUGUAUCGGCGAGCUCGCACGCGGAAACGCAAGAAUGAGGCUGCAGUCGAAGAGUUAAUCGCGAACGAUCCAUCGGAGAGCACGCCGACCCGCGACUCGCAGACCGCGAAAGAUGCGUUCCGCCUCGUAGACGCGCAGCCUCGUCUGACACUGGUCCCUCUAAUCCGGAGCGGCGCGAAGCUAAUCAAAGUCAAUGAUCCAAUUUGAUGGGGAAGCCGCAAGUUUGCUCGGGGGUGUCGCGCGUUUGGCGCUCGAGUAGGCCUAAAUGAAGAGCGAUCGCCGCGGGGACAGGUGAUGGAUACUGAUUUCGCGGAGCGGCGGUGGUGGGGCGUUCGCGCGUGCCUGUGUGCGUGUAUGUGUGUGUUUGUGCGCGUGCGCUGGGGGUCGCAGGCUAAUCGCGGCGGAAACGCGCGGGGGGAGGGCCGGCCGAGCAAGAUGGAACUCUUCCUGAUUCUCGUCUGUCUGAUUGCACCGCCCACCCUCUCGCUCUCGAUCAAGAACAAGCCCAAUCCACGGAUCGUCCAGACCCGUUACGGCGAGGUGCAGGGGGUCAUACGGUCCUUCGAGAGCGCCAAGUUCCUCAAACCAAUCGACGUCUACCUCGGGAUACCGUACGCCACCCCGCCGGUCGGGAGCAACAGAUUCUCGCCGACCAGGGCGCCCAGUACGUGGGAAAGAGUCAGAUUAUCGAACUCGGUCGGUCCAGUUUGCCCCCAAAAGCUGCCCGACAUCUCGAAUGAGCAAGAAGCACUGGAGCGUAUGCCGAAAGGCCGGCUGGAGUACUUGAAGAGACUACUGCCGCAUCUGCGGAAUCAGAGCGAGGAUUGCCUCUACUUGAACAUCUACGCGCCGGCUAUGGGGAUGGCGGACAGUGGUAGGAGGCAUCCGGUACUGCUGUACAUUCACGGGGAGAGCUACGACUGGGGCAGCGGAAACCCUUACGACGGCAGCGUCCUGGCCAGUUACACCGACCAAGUGAUCGUCACGAUGAACUACCGGCUGGGCGUGCUCGGCUUCCUGAACGCCAACGUGGCGCCUCAGACCAAGGCGAGGGUCGCGAAUUACGGGCUCAUGGAUCAGAUCGCGGCGCUUCACUGGGUCAAAGAGCACAUCGCCCUGUUUGGCGGCGAUCCCAACAACGUGACGCUGAUGGGCCAUGGAACUGGUGCCGCUUGCGUUCAUUUUCUCGCCAUCAGCCCGACGGUCAUACGCGGCCUGUUCAAAAGAGCGAUUUUACUCUCGGGCAGCGCGCUGUCGUCCUGGGCCGUGGUCGACGAUCCUGUCUCUUACGCAUUGAAGCUAGCCAAGGCUGUCAACUGUUCGAUUCCCGAAGAUCUUCUCAAAGACAACGAACUGAUCGUCGAUUGUCUGCGAGGACGUAGCCUCGAGGAGCUGAUGCAGAUCGACAUCCAACCGCCAACCUUUCUCAGUGCUUUCGGACCGAGUGUCGACGGUGUAGUCAUCAAGCCCGACUACCAGAGGGACUUGUUGUCCUACAUGGGCCCAGAGUUUCAAGGAUUCGGACCGCUCCCGAAGAAAGCGGAGCACGGUGCACCUAUCACGAGCAACAACAAGUACGAUUUGUUGUUCGGCGUGACGACAAGCGAGGCUCUAUGGAAAUUCGCGGAGAAAGAUGUCCAGCUGGGAUUCGAGGGCGAGAGACGAGACAGAAUUAUCAGGACGUACGUGAGGAACGCUUACGUGUAUCAUCUCACGGAAAUAUUUUAUACGGUGGUGAACGAGUACACGGACUGGGAACGAACGGUUCAGCACCCGAUAAACACGAAGGACGCUUGUGUCCAGGCGCUCAGCGACGCUCAGUUCGUCGCGCCAUUGGUGCAAACUGGAGACCUCUUCACUCUGAGACACACCAAGAAACCGAAUAAUCCUCACAUUCCUCCGAUAAUCGAGACGGACAAAGAACCGAUGCCCAAAACCUACUUCUACGUCUUCGACUAUCAGAUGAAAGACGGCGAUUACCCUCAGAAGAUGGGCUCGGUCCACGGCGAGGAACUACCGUUCGUUUUCGGCGCGCCGCUGGUGGAAGGUUUCGGCCACUUUCCGGGGAACUAUACCAGGUCUGAAGUGGCUCUCUCGGAGAGCAUCGUGCAGUACUUCGCAAACUUCGUCAGAACUGGGAAUCCGAACGUGAUCGAUCACCACAACCGAAACGACACGCUCCUACCCGCCAGCCGCGAGAAGAGCCGUUUCCGGACUUUGACCUGGGAACAAUACGACCCGGUGCAUCAGAAAUACCUGGAGAUCGGUCUUCGGCCGAAAAUAAAGAAUCAUUAUCGAGCUCAUCAGCUGUCGGUGUGGCUACGUCUAGUCCCUGAACUGCAUCGCGCUGGAAUGGAGGAUGUGGACUCCAGACACAACCUGUUUCGUGGCCAUUCGGAUCCCGGGCUUUAUGAUGGAUCGGUCAGGCCAGACCCGUUGAGCAGGAUCAGCGAAGAGUUUAAACGCAAGAAUAUAACCACCGAGCCGCCGACCACCACCGAUUACAGCGCUGCCACUUGUGUCAGCUAUAUACAGAGCACGAACCUUCAGAAUGUUCACAACGCCAGCACCGACACAUUGGCUAGCCUGGACGCAGCUGGGUACGCCGCAUACUCGACGGCGCUGAGCGUGACGAUCGCCAUCGGGUGCAGCUUGCUGAUCCUGAACGUUCUCAUUUUCGCGGGGGUUUAUUAUCAGCGGGACAAGACGCGGCUCGAGGUGAAGAGUCUUCAGCAGCAACAGAUGUUGAAUCAACAGUGCGGGCCACGGGGCUUCACCGAGCUGAAACAACCGCCGCCGCCGCACUCCCAUUUCCCCGGGGGCGGUCAGGUUAUCGUUGAUGUGGAGAACGAGAUGCUAAGAAGGAACGUUAUGAAAGGCCCUCCGAACGAUCCCAACACGCUUCUCCAACAGGGCCAGGGAACUCACACGUUGCCUCAUCAACAUCACUAUCAAAAGCAACAUCAGCAACAGCAUGCCACUCUUCCCCGAGCUUCCGUCAUACAGGACAUGAGCGCACAAACCCAAGGUCCACCAAACGGGUCAAUACACCUGACAGUUCCAAGAGCUCCACCACCACCCCGAGCAAAAAGUCCUCCCGAGAACCAGCCCCUGCUGCAGAGCGCCACCGUGUCGAGUCGCGUGUCCCAGGCAACAAUGAGCGAGAUGCGAGUGUGAUGCUUGGACCCCCCUCCGAAGCCAGUCGUCCCGGACGUUCUGACGGCGUCGACCUUGCUAUAAAAGCGUCGGGGUCGUUUGGUCAGCCGUUCGGGCUCGGGUUCCAGCGGCAGGGUGAUUCUCGGCUCGUCCUUUCGGCUGAACGAAAUCUCCCUGGGACCUUGAGACUGCGGCGAACAAUGGCCGGCGCGGCGGCUGGCACGCGGACACGCGUCGUCGCGUCACUCUCGAACGAACGGACCGUCGGAGUGACGACGGGACAGCGACUGAUGGAGGGGGGUGGACGGGGAGCUUCGGCUUCGGUGCCGAAGAACACGACUAAGACAAGACGAUGAAGAAAAGGUGUUGAGGACAGCGAGUUGAAGAGGUGCCCGUUUAUGGACUGUCAUCGUUGGAUGACAGGUCAGACCACGGACACGUGGUAUGAAGAUGGACGGUCUAGGUCCAGUCUGAUUGGAUUAAUUUGAUCAGAAAGGAUCGAUACUCUUGGAAAUCCUCGGGAGAAUUUGAAUGUCUGAAGGCGUUCAAUGAACAUUUUGAAAGUUGCGGAUCCUCCUGCAAAUGGCAGCAUCUGCGAGGAAAAUGUCGGGAGACUGGUGAUGGAUACUUGGAUUUGUCGUGGAUAGAUCGGUAUUAUCGGUGAGAGGGUUUCCCCAGAUAAUCGAGGGCGCAACUUCUUUCUUACGAUCAAUCGAACUUCAAUCAAAAGGAACAGAGAAUUCUUACGAUACGGAAAUCAAACGCAGUACAUUCAGCUAGCUAGUCGAUAAUAAUGAAUUUUAGGUGUCACGUGGGUGGGAGAAUGGGAGAGAGAGAAAGAGAGAGAGAGAGAGAGAGUGAGAGUGAAAAACAGCGAGAAAGGGAGGGAGAGAAAGAGAGAUACGCUCAAGAAAACUGACGAAUCGGUCACGACGACCCGUGUAUAAAACGCUAUCUACUACGAUGUUAGAUGUUCCUUGUACAUAAAGUGAAAUUUAUACCGUAAGAAACGCCAAAAAAAAGAUACGUUUGCUACUUUCUAAGAGGACCUGUACUCGUGUCGCGUUUAGUCGUCCGUUUUCCCAUUUCUUUCCUCCGGUUGACUGUGAAACGUUGCGCGGCGUGAAUCGACAGAUGGACGGAUCCGUGGAUCCGAGGAUUGCCCGUCGAUGAUUCGAUCAGUUGCGUGAAACAAUUGCUCUCGUCUGUUUACUUUGUGGAUUCGUGGGUGUGCUAGUUUAUAGUCUUCAUUAAAAUCGAAGGAAAAUGAACGAAACUGUUAGCGGCAUGUUGCUGAACUGUCGGGAAAAGGAAUUCACUAAUUGCUUUGACUGUCGACAAUGCACCGUCCAAGGAGUUAAUCUGCGAAAGAUGUCUACAAAUAUUACUGUUUCAUGAGUAAUCACGUUUGUCUAAAUUUCGUCAAAGAGAAAUCAAAAUAAAAUACAUUUAUUCUGUCGAGAAACUGCGUUGUUGAAAUGGUAUAAUAAUCUUAGUUAAUUCGAGUAGGUUUUUUUAUAUAAAUCAAACAAUUUUAUUUCAUGGAGAAGCUAUUCAACGGUAUUAAAAAUGAAACUGAAAUCUAUAAAUUGAUUUUCACCAACCAUAUCUUCGAUCGUCGACGAGCAACACAGUGUAUUUUUCCCCCAUUGAGCGCCAUAUUGCCACGCAAUCGUAUAAUUUCCCAUUCAAGAAUGACUUCUUCGUAUCUUCGCCCAACGGAAUCAUUUUUGUACACAGUCGGUAAUGAAACCUUCUAUUGUCUAAUCAGCAUACACCACGAGUUUGAUUCAGCCUUUAUAAUCGUGUACGUCUGAAAUGAAACCGAUAAACUUAGAAAAACAGUCGCCACAGUAUAAUUUACGAAAAACCAAUGACCAAUUACGACUUAAAUUGUGUCUAAAUGUUCUCCGCGGUACACUAGAACGUGAUUGGAGGAGGGCUAGUGUAAUGAAUCGUCGCUAGAUCGUUAUCGUGAGUCAACCCGUAUUAAAGUAGCGAUCCUAAGUUUUUUCAUAUCGUUUAACAUUACGUCGAGUAUGGUCGGGUGUGGAUUUCAAUCUAAAACUGUUAAGUGUGUGUGAAAAUGGUUGUACACCGCGUAAUCGAAGCUCGAAAGAGCACACGUUGCUCUUCGGUCGCUCGAUAGCGCCGCGGAGAGUCCCAGGCUCGUCGACUGGUGUCGGACUCGGAAGUGUGUGCGUGAAAUUUUUGUAAAAAUAUACGUAUAUAUAUAGGUGUAACAUAAAGACUACCGUAAAUCCGUUAUUAUGCGUAACACACUGCCACAGAACUCGGAUAUUCACGAACGGAGCAGUGCAGGAACGUAACUUCAAUCGAUUCGAGCGAUAGACGCUGUCCCGAAGUUUGAUUCGAUCCUUUGGAGCGCCAUAUUCACGCAACAGGUCCCUGAAAUUCCGUUCAACGUAGUGAAUCUUUUAUUUCGGUGUUCUCUAAACUGCCAAAAGGGCGUGGCUACCCUAAUUCAUAUUAAGAAACCAACCGUUCGUUACCUGUUCGAGUGUUAGUGAUUUUAUGAAGAUAUUCAACAUUCUUGAACACGGAAUGCGCUUCAAAGGAUUCUUUAGCGAACAGAUCUUAACGCUUUCAUUGCUGCGGUGCAAUUGAAAAUCAAAGUCUUCUCGUAAUCAAAAGAAACGACGAUCAAAGGUCUAUUUCGAAUUUUAAUAGUCUAUUAGUCUUAUAAGUGCGUUUAAAGUCUAUAAUGUUAUGUAGAAUCAUCUUCGAUUAGAAAACGAACGUGGAUUGUGCACUGUGAAACUUGUUAAAUAAAACACUGUUCCGAACUGACAGCAGUGAACGCGUUAAGGGAUGUUCUCGCGGUUAAGCGAGACAGAGUCGUGAGUACCGAGCUUAAAAGGGUU